CCCGCGCCGGGCGGACCCUGCUGGGCCUUGGUGGGCGAGUGGCCUGGAGGCUUGAACAACAUGUUUCCACCCCCUUUCCUGCUAGCUCACCGGUUGAGAAAGGCCGGGCCCACCCCUGACCAUCACAGAUGGAUCUUCUCUGAGUGGGAGGAAGAAUGACUACUGUCAACGAUCCUCGAAACCCUCGGUGCACAGCGGAUCUGGGGGCUCAGUACAUCACGCGCACUCCUCAUUAUGCCAAAACUCACCAAAUUUUUUAUGAGGAGUUGUUGGCUCAUGGAAUUUUGAGGCCUCUGACCUGUCCUAUUGAAGGAAUGAAGCUGAAAGAAGGGGAUUACAACUUUGUGGCUCCUCAAGGCAUUUCUUCAAUUAUUAAGCACUAUUUGAAAGAAUCAGGUGCAGAUGUCUAUUUCAGACAGCAUGUGACCAAGAUCAACCUGAGAAAUGACAAAUGGGAAGUCUCCAAGGAAACAGGCUCUUCUGAGCAGUUUGAUGCUGUUGUCCUCACCAUGCCAGUUCCUCAGAUUCUUGAGCUUCAAGGUGACAUUGCCAACCUAAUUACUGAGUGCCAAAAGAAGCAAAUGGAGUCUGUGACCUACUCCUCUCGCUAUGCUCUGGGCCUCUUUUAUGAAGCUGGAGUGAAGAUCGAUGUCCCUUGGGCUGGACAGUACAUCACCAGCAAUCCCUGCAUACGCUUCAUCUCCAUCGAUAAUAAGAAGCGCAAUAUAGAGUCAUCAGAAACCGGCCCUUCCCUGGUAAUUCACACCACUGUCCCAUUUGGAGUUACACACUCAGAGCACAGUCUGGAGGAUGUGCAGGAAAUAAUCUUUCAACAGCUGGAAAACAUUCUGCCCGGUUUGCCUCGGCCAGUCUCUACCCAAUGCCAGAAAUGGAGAUAUUCGCAGGUUACAAAUGCUGUUGCCAACUGUCCUGGCCAGAUGACUCUUCAUCUCAACCCUCUCCUGGUGUGUGGAGGAGAUGGAUUUACUCAGUCAAAUUUUGAUGGCUGCGUCACCUCUGCCCUGAGUGUUCUGGAAGUUUUAAAGAAUCGUACAUAGCAACUGUAUUAUUAUUCUGUGCAUUUACUUUGGUAUUGUUGUUUUGCAAAUUUCAGUCAUUGAUUAUUUUGUUUUCCAUGUAUGGGAGAGAAAUUACUUUAAAAAAUUGACUUCAUUUAUGUCACUUUGACAAAGAACUAUAAAACCAAGUUUGUAGUUUUAAUAUUUAUAAGCCAAAGAAUGACAAUUUGUUGCAUGUCAUACCUUUCUCUGUUUUUCUGAUUUGCCAUGACCAAUCCUUAUAAAAGGAAGAAAAUGGUGCUUAAAAGUAACAAAUGACCCAGUCUCAGAAUUACAUUAAUUCAAAUAGUCUGGUGCCCAUCUCUAUUAUUCUUUUGAAAAACCACUCAGUUCUGAAUAAAGAAUACUCAUUACUAAGUUUUGUUUUAAGUCUGCAAGUAUGAAUAACUUUUUUGAAAUUACUGAAAGGCAAGAUUUAUCUAACAUAUGGAAUCACUUGUGUCUCAUUACCCCUCAGUUAUUAAAUGACCUGAGUUGCCAUCCCUUAGACAGUUCCUCCCUAUUGUCAAUUCCAUUUGAUCUGACUCAAGUGAGAGACACGCCCCUUGGGUUAUGUGAAGGCAUUUCCAGGAAGAUUAAGCAGGAGUAUCUUCCCCUAGCAUGUGAAGUCCUUCAUGUAGGAUCCUGUAUGUAAAGAGAUUUUAGGAAAAAAGCAGUGCUGUGGGUGGGCUACUCUUGCCCCUUGCUGGAGAAUGCCUCUGCUGUGUUCCUGACAUUGGAACCUAGUAUCCAAUGUGCCAUGACACUUGGACUGUCACAGUAAUUUAUUUUCUCUUGUCAAACAAAAACUCUAAUAAAUCAGAAAGCAGAUGCCCUUAAAAUAGAUCCAUAUUUGAGAAUUUAGUAAUCCACCUUGACCCCAUGACUUGCUGGCUGGAAAAAAAUUAAUCUCCAGCAUUUUGAACAAUUUGAAAUUUGAAAACCAAAACAGUGAGUUAUAUUUUGUUUUAUUUUUUAUUUAACACUGAACUUCUGAUGCCUUUGCUUCCACCUCCUGAGUGUUGCUGGAAUUGGAGUGUCAGGCAUGCACAACCACACUGAUGAGUCCUGGUGUCAAACCCAGGAUUUUAUACAUGCUUGGAAAGCACUCUUCCAUGAAGCUCCGUCCUCCACCCCUGUUUGUCACUUAAGAGAACUGUUGCAGACCUCCAAACUAAGAAAAGUCUACUAGAAGACUUCCUGCCUUGGUAAUGUUUAAGUUAGAGUUGCUCAUGUACAAUUGUCAUACAUAUGUAGAGGCAUAGGCAUAGCCAAAUGUGGGGUUUAUAAACAAAUGGGGUGUUCCAUCUUUUGGCACAUAAGGACAGAAUUUCCUUUCAGUAGUAAAUGGGUAAAAAUAAAAACUAUGCAUAUUGUUGCUGUCACUUAUUUUGACACAUAGAAAUGAAAAGAAAAUAAAUGUAGCUUCUGGUAUUAAA